ACGGGACGGCCGCGUGGUGUGUGUGGAUGUGUGCGUGUGUGCGUGCGUGUUCACGUGUCGCCUUCAAGCAGCAAACGUGCCCCUAGGAUCCCCGAAGCACGUGAGGGAGGGACGCGGCGAAGGAGGCGGCGCGGGACAAGGAAACGUGUGGCUGGCGUGGUGUGGCGUGGCGGUGGUGGCGGCGUGGUGGUGCUGGCUGUCCACUGUGGCACUCACUGACUCACCGCCGCUCUCCUAGUCCCGGUAGUGGUGGUGGUGGUGAUGCGUGGCGCCAGGUAGCUAGUACGGGAGUAGCGGCGCUGGGAACAGAGAGAGAGAGAACGCGGCUCUUACAAACGCCGACAGACACACCGCCUUCAGGAAACCUUCAUUGAUACUUUGGGUGUUCCACGUGAUCCUUGAGGCCUUGAGAGUGUGUCUGUGUGUCUUUCCUGCCCUCCCUCGACUCUUGGCUUUGUGGAGGGUGUGCGAGUGGUACUGUGGUGUGGUGGUGUGGUGAAGUGAAGUGCUUGUGUUUGUGUUUUGUCCGCGUGUCCUUGCAAGAGGCUGAUUGACUGACUGACCGCUAUCAUGCUGCUGGAGGAGUAUACUGUGGCUGACAUGACGGGCAGGUACGUCGACGAAGGCUCACCUGAGGUCAUAAAUCUGGACGAGAAAUGCAGGGUGAUGAACAGCGUGCACCGAGAGCCUGACCCGGAUGCCAUCAAGAUGUUCGUGGGGCAGAUUCCUCGCUCCAUGGACGAGAACAACCUGCGCAAGAUGUUUGAGGAUUACGGCGAAGUGUUUCAGAUCAACGUGCUGCGAGACAAAGUGACAGGACAGAGCAAAGGUUGCUGCUUCGUCACUUUCUACACACGGAAGGCGGCGCUGGAGGCACAGAACGCAAUGCACAACAUCAAGACACUUCCAGGAAUGCAUCACCCGAUACAGAUGAAGCCAGCUGACACUGAGAACAGAAACGAACGCAAGCUCUUCAUCGGGAUGCUGAGCAAGCGGUACAGCGAGCAGGACGUGCGGGUCAUGUUCUCCUCGCACGGCACCAUCGAGGAAUGCACGGUGUUGCGGGAUAACAACGGUCAGAGCAAGGGAUGCGCCUUUGUCACUUUCUCCACGCGUCAGUGCGCGAUCAACGCCAUCAAGAAAAUGCACCACUCGCAGACCAUGGAGGGCUGCUCUUCCCCAUUGGUGGUCAAGUUUGCCGACACACAGAAGGAGAAGGACGCCAAGCGGUUACAGCAGGUGACCCAGAACCUGUGGAACGUUGCCUCGGCUAACAACCUCGCCGCUUUGGGUCCGCAGUAUCUCGCUAGAGAGAGAGAUCGUGGGAGAGAGAGCGUCUCCUCAUCUAACAACUUGGUCACUCUCGGGCCUCAGUAUCUGGCUUUGCUUCAGCAGCAAAUGGGAAGCUCCACCAACUCAGGAGCCACAGCAAGCAGCCUUUCCAGCCAACUUGGGAACUUGCAGCAGCUGCCUUCACUCAAUAAUGUGAGUGUACAGCAGCUUCUGGCUGCAUCUCAGGGCAACUUGGCUACGCAGCAAAUGUUUGAUUCUCCAGGACUAAGUGGCCUCAGCUCCCUAAGCAGCCUCAAUCUCCCGACCUCCACCAAUGGCUCCCAGGAUACAAGUCUGCAGGGUCUCCUAGCAUCCAUGAGCUCUCAAAACACAGGGCUGGGCAUGAACGUGCAGAACCUAGCGUCCUUGGCAGCUAUCACUGGUGGCAGCACGACGGGCCUCCAGGCUCUCACUCAGCCAGGUAUCACACUCCCUACCUCUCCCAGCUCCCCCUUCACUCUCACCACCGACCAAGUGCUGACUGGUCUCACCUCCACCACCAGCGGAUUUGCCAACAAUGUGACAGCUGCCACAGGCUUAGGGGCAGCAGCCUCCUCAAAUCCAGCUGGGAAGCAGGUGGAAGGGCCAGAUGGAGCUAACCUCUUCAUCUACCAUUUACCACAAGAGUUCACUGAUCAAGAGCUCGCCCAAGCUUUCUGGCCAUUUGGCAAAGUCAUCUCUGCUAAAGUCUUUAUUGAUAAACAAACAAACCUAUCAAAGUGCUUUGGUUUUGUAUCAUAUGACAAUGCGCUGGAUGCCCAGCGAGCCAUCCAGCACAUGAAUGGUCAGCAGAUUGGCAACAAACGCUUGAAGGUGCAGCUGAAGCGAUCCAAAACUGACUGCAAGCCAUACUAACAGCUGCCAUGUUGUGCUGUUCUGCCCCGUGCCCCGUAUUGCCUGCCGUCCGUAUAACAGUGUCUGCGUCCUUCUCCCAUCUUCGUAGCACGUCUCAUACGUACGUAUGUAUACGUAUGUGUAUGCCAUGUGGUUGUAUACUCUUGUGCAGCUACUGUCACGUCACUUACGCUAGCAGAUCACUAACUACCCAGUCAGUCAUCACCUGUCAGCCUACACACCAGGUAGGCUCUGUAACCUCUCAGCUGUGCUUGUCACAAACACAGACAAGCAACCUCACCAUAAGGCUGUCAUUUGCUAUUAUCUGUACAAAGGAAAGAAAUGUUUAAUAUUACAUUUUAAAUAGCUGUUUAAGAGUAAAUAAUGUAUACUGUCCUUUUUAUCCAUUUUUACUGGAUCACCCAUUACUUUAAGGAGAUGGACAAAGAUCAUUACUCGUCAAAGCCUAACUGUCCAGUGUGUGUUGAUGACCAAAAGUUAUGAUAUGACAUUCACUGGUAGCCCCAUGCAUAAGUUACAUAUUCACAGUAACUAGCCCAACCCUCCCAACCUGAAAUUAUUACCACAUUCAGUUUCACUUUCAAGCAGAAGAUCAUAUUUUUUCAAAAGAUGGGAAUCAGUCCCUACCUGGGGCUGGCCGAGGCAGCUCCUAACUCACACAUCAUAUAUAAUGUCCUCAUGUACUUACUAUGUGCCAUGGCUUCUUGAAACGUGUAAACACUAAGCAUUGUGUUUUAGAUAUUACAUGGAAUAUAUGUUUUGUAAAUGUGCUAUCAAAAAUUGGAAUGCAUGCUUAUAAAUAUUCAUAUACUGUCUUGUACUUUCAUGUACUGCACAAAGUGAUCAUUAAUUUUUAUCAGUACAAAAGUAACAACUUUUGUAUAUUUAUUGUAAUCCAAGGUCAAUAUUUUUAUAGCAGUCUUUGCAUUGCUUAACUAGAAAAUUUAUCAGUGUUUGUCUUCAAAGAUUUUCUAGAUUAUAGAAUGACAAAUCUUCCAGUCAUUUCAGCUCUCAUCAACACCUGGCUGGAACACUGGGAGGAGGAGGAGCCUCACCCCACACCCAGGUGUCACUGCUAGCUGGGGUGCACACCAGCUCCCCAGGUCUUGGUGUGCACCCCAGCUCGCUAUUGACCCCUAUAGUGCCCUCUUUGUAGUAAUCUGAAAUAUAUUGAAGCUGUGCAUAGAGUUGGGCCUUAUAGACAGUAUCGGAUUCCUCUCUGGCACGGUUUAAUUUCAGGCUUAAUGGAAAUAGUAGAGAUGUACUUAAAACAUUUUGAUAAGGGAGAGACUAGUUAUAUGCCUUUGUAGAGCAGUGGGGAGGAGAGGCAGGGUGUGGCUUGAAGCUCUCUUUCAGAUCCUCUCGUUGUUUCUGCUGUUUGGAUUUCCUCGGGAGAGUGUCUGAGGCUGGGCCAAGCAAAGACAUUAACUAGUCUAUCAUUGGUAGUUUCCACAAAGAGGGCAUCCCCUUCAAUAUUGUUAUUACAUUUUUGUGGCAAUUUUUUUUAUUUCAAAACUUUUCUGACCAGAAAUGAUGAUAUAGUGGAAACUUACCAUGAUCUUACUCUAGUAUUAUUCUUAAUGGAAUUAUGACAUUUUUAUCUAGAAUUUUAUUACAUACUCUGUGGUUGCUUGCAAAAAUACUUCAUUAUCCCCCUAUUCACUAUUAAAUUGAAUUAGUUGAAAAUAUUAGUGGAAAUCGUUUUCCCAUCCUUCAUCAAAGCAACUACUGUGACCCUCCACACGCUGCCUCAAGUACAUUCUAUUGGCUGUAGGAAACGUCAUUAUACUCAGAGCAGACACACAAAGCCUGGGCUCACCCCUGAAGAUAGUCUGUCAGAUGACUGUGAUGAGUGACAGGCUGUAGGUGAUAGCCUGUCUGGUUCAUAGACCUUAGGAUAACCAAAGAAAAUGUGUUUGUCUAUGUUUGUUGCAGCCCAGAGAUAUAGUAGACUGAGGAGGUGUCCCUGAAAGUCCUAUAUUAAAUUUUGUUCAUGUCUGUUCUCACCAGAAAACUUACUAUACAUGUUAUUUAUUACCAUGUUUUUGGUAUGUUAAUGUUCUUUUUAGUAUGU